CUUUAACUUCCACCUGCACAUUGACUUCAACAGACUAAGCAAGGCUCACCUUCAGAGCUGUCCUCCACUGCAAACAAUGGCCGCCUCUGUCAUUCAGCAGUCCGCGUUCGCCGGCCAGACUGCCCUGAAGCAGUCGAAUGAGCUCGUCCGCAAGAUAGGGAGCUUCGGGGGCGGCCGCGUCUCCAUGAGACGGACCGUGAAGAGCACUCCUCAGAGCAUCUGGUACGGACCUGACCGCCCAAAAUACUUGGGCCCAUUCUCCGAGCAGACCCCCUCGUACUUGACCGGAGAGUUCCCUGGUGACUACGGGUGGGACACUGCUGGUCUCUCAGCUGACCCCGAGACCUUUGCCAAGAACCGCGAGCUCGAGGUGAUCCACUGCCGGUGGGCCAUGCUGGGAGCCCUGGGGUGCGUCUUCCCUGAGAUCCUUGCGAAGAAUGGAGUCAAGUUCGGCGAGGCCGUCUGGUUCAAGGCUGGAGCCCAGAUCUUCUCUGAAGGCGGGCUCGACUACUUGGGCAACCCAAACCUGAUCCACGCCCAGAGCAUUCUCGCCAUCUGGGCCUGCCAAGUCGUGCUCAUGGGACUCAUUGAAGGAUACCGGGUUGGUGGUGGCCCCCUUGGCGAAGGGCUCGACCCAAUUUACCCCGGUGGUGCAUUCGACCCACUUGGAUUGGCAGAUGACCCUGAAGCUUUUUCUGAGUUGAAGGUGAAGGAGAUCAAGAAUGGAAGGCUUGCUAUGUUCUCUAUGUUUGGGUUCUUCGUCCAAGCCAUUGUCACCGGAAAGGGCCCCAUUGAGAACCUCUACGACCAUGUGGCGGACCCAGUGGCCAACAAUGCUUGGGCCUACGCCACUAACUUCGUCCCUGGGAAAUGAAGAGGCUUUUAAAUGACAUAUACCUCUCAGCUGUCUGUGCCAUUCAUGAAGAUUAUUCAGCAGAAACUGAUGUAAUCUUGUAGCCGAGACCUGCUUUCUGAUGAAACUGUUGUAUGAGAAAAGACCACCGUUCUCCUAUAUGCUCCGAGUAAAAUCUUCGAUGCAUUGUGCUGCUUCAUCGAAUCUA